AGCCGUGUCCCAAGCUCCCCUUGCCCCAAAUUUGCGAGAAACCCGCGGCCACCAUUGCAAGAACCUCGCAAUACAAUCAAAUAUUUCGCAAUUCCUUCACGCUGGCGUUCGAAAUGGAGCUCCGAAUCCGGCUUUAAUCACAGCCAUCAAGCCUCCCAAAAUAGGGUUCAAAUAGGGGCAGGGAACGAGGAGCCAUCCCAUUUUUAGCCGUUGCCGCAGCUGGUCGCCGUCGUCGCUGCUCCCAAUCUGCGGCCGUCGGUGUUGCCUUCGCCUCCAAUCCACCAGAGCGAGCAGCACCGACCGAGCCGAUCCGCUCCUCUUCUUGGUUCUUGGUCAAUAAAUCAGCUCAGCAGGAAAGAUCCUCGAGUGUUCUUGCAGUCGGCAGGGGUCAAGAAUUAGGAAGGAAACCAAGAACGCAAGGAGCAUCAGGGGAGAGGAGAGGAGAGAUUUGGGUGUAGAUUGGUAGAUAUAUUACAAAUAGAUUUUCUUUUUGAGGAAGUUAAUUAGCAAAUAGAUUCGUGAAGAACCUUUGGCAAGAAAAAAAAGAAGGGAAAAUUUGUGAGAAAGACAUGUUUGGGACCCAAACCAGGGAUGUGGCAGAUGAUUUCAACCCCAGGAGGAGGAGGACAUUAUGGAACACUCCCACCGCAUCGAUGCCUGCCACCACCCACACUAUCAGGUACAACACAGGCAAGAAGAGCCUAUUCAACGCCCGCCUCAUGUCUGUCAAGUUCGAGGACCUGUAUGGGUUUAUGGUGGAGGGCAAUGUGGAUGAUGUCAAUGUGCUAAACGAGGUGCGGGAGAGGAUCAGGGAACAUGGGAGGGUGUGGUGGGCUCUGGAGGCAAACAAGGGCGCAAAUUGGUACCUCCAACCGAAGAUAUCCUCGAAUGAGGGGGUGAUUAGUGUCACAUCGCUCAAGCUGUCGGUGCUCACAAAUACAAUUACAUUGAGGAGGUUGAUCAGGAAGGGUGUGCCGCCAGUGCUGAGGCCAAAGGUGUGGUUAUCUGUGUCUGGAGCAGCCAAGAAGCGGUCAACAGUACCAGAGACAUACUACGAUGAACUGAUUCGGGCCACGGAAGGGAAGACCACACCAGCAACAAGGCAAAUCGACCAUGAUCUUCCUCGUACUUUCCCUUGUCAUCCAUGGUUGAACAGUGAGGAAGGCCAGGCAUCUCUUCGACAAGUACUUGUAGGGUACUCAUUCCGUGAUUCAGAAGUUGGAUAUUGCCAGGGCCUAAAUUAUGUAGCUGCACUCUUGUUGCUCGUUAUGAAGACCGAGGAAGAUGCAUUUUGGAUGCUUGCUGUACUCCUGGAGAAUGUACUUGUCAGUGAUUGCUAUACUGACACUCUUUCUGGAUGCCAUGUUGAGCAGAGGGUGUUCAAAGAUCUCCUGGCUAAGAAAUGUCCAAGGAUUGCUGCUCAUCUUGAAGCAAUGGGGUUUGAUGUUUCACUUGUUGCUACAGAAUGGUUCUUGUGUCUCUUUUCAAAGAGCCUGCCUUCAGAGACAACCCUUCGGGUGUGGGAUGUUUUAUUCAAUGAAGGAGCAAAGGUUUUGUUCCAUGUUGCUCUGGCAAUUUUCAAGAUGAGAGAAGAUGAUCUACUACGCAUCCAACAUAUAGGUGAUGUGAUUGAUAUUUUGCAAACAACCACUCAUCAUCUAUAUGACCCUGAUGAACUCCUCACGUUUGCAUUUGACAAGAUUGGUUCAAUGACUACAAACACAAUCACAAAGGAGAGGAAAAAGCAGGAGACAGUUGUUAUGGCUGAGCUUGAUCAAAGAAUAAGACGGCUGAGUACACUAAAGAUGGAUGGAUAGUGUGUAAAAUAUGAGUUUGUGAAAGUUAGUAGCCUUGUAGGUUUCGCAAAGGUGAAUGGCACAGUGAGUCAGUAUUUGACACCUGGUCAGACAGCGGUUUGCUCCAGUGAGUGAAGGUCAUGGACACCCAAAAAUGUUGGAGAUGAUGCAAAACUGCAAUGUGGGUUUGUUUAACACGAGUUUAGACUUCAUAUUGUGUGCUUUUUGUGCGUUCUUGGUGUCUGCCAUUUAUAUUUCAACGAUAUGGGCCAUGGACCAUGGUGUUGAUUUUCCUUUAUGAUUGGAACCACCUGUAUAGAUUUGCUGUUGAAAUGUUUUUUUCUGUCGGCACUGACUGCAAAGGGUGUUUUUCUGGGGUGCUUACUGCAUUUCCUUUGCAUGUAAAUUACUGCAGAUAUGAAAUGGAGCUCUUCAAGUCAACUCUUUUGUUCA